AAAACUACUGCCAUAUUAACAUAGUUUGAUUCCGAGAUUUGGCAUCUCCUAUUUGUGCCUGAUUGUAAUAUGAACACAACAUUUUGUUCAGAAACUUCAGUAAGCCGACGAUGUUCGACUGAGACAAUCUACAGCAUACAAGGAAAAGAAACAGAUUUCGCGCGAGACACCAGCGACACAGAUGCAAGUAUAUUCGAUACAGACGCCGAGAUCGAGUUCGAGCCGGCCUCUGACGAGGAAGAGGACCAGGCGCCGGUGGACGAGGACACGUCGGCGUCUUUCACUGAUGGUGAAAUAAUAAAGACCAAAGUGCUAGAGGUGAGCGUGGGUGACGACGGCGACCUGCAGCUCGCAGACUCUGAGCAGACGGACUCGCAGGACAGCGACAGCGAGAUCGACCUGUACGACUUCUGGCACUGCAUCAAGUGCAGAGCCGAGAACAACGUUCCGUUUUAUAGAUAUUGUCAGAAGUGCUUUCAGGUCCGCAAAAACUUCUUUCCUCCGCGGCCGAAACGUAAACGCAAACGCGGCACGACGGUCACCCCGGAGCUGGACGCGGUGCCCAGGACUCUGUCACAGGACUCCGGCAUCCAGUCCGUGCACAGUCAAGAACUGUUCAACAGCCAGGACGCGACCCACGGUGAGGGCACUUCGCGAGACGUUGACAGUAGCGCUGAGUUCACAGGUCGAGCGAGGAAGAGACGCGCCCGGUCGGUCGACGGCGGCUCCAAGCGAACGAAGCUCGGCUCCGCCUCCGGAUCCGGAUCCGACUCCGACUCUGGAGGCAACUCGGAGUCCCUGACCAAGUCCGUCAGCGAUCCGUCCGUGGCGAUCGACGAGCCGCUGAAAAUGACGAAAAAAGUAAUAUCGGAUAGGAUCAAACAAAAGCUAGACAAGGAGCUGUGCAUCGUGUGCGACUCCGAACCCAAGACCGGCGUGUUCGUGCACGGGCACCUCGCGCACAUCUGCUGCUGCUACAAGUGCGCCGUCAAGGUGUGGGCGCGCGCCCGCCGCUGCCCCGUCUGCAACCGCAGGGUCAGCAACGUGCUGCGCGCCGUCGUGCUGUAGUCCGCGGCCGCGAGCUCACGCCAUUUCUCUAAAACUUCAACAUACAUUGCUGCUCAGCGCCACCGACUGGCGCCCGCGAAAUGAAUACCGUUAUCUUUUCUCGACCACGUAACGUUCUA